GAGAAAUCUGUGAUUGGUGUUUUUUUGCUAACGUUAGCUGUGUUUAAACUUUUCAGGGCGUAUGUUUUUAAAGUUUUACAGGACAAAGGGACGAAAAUCUUGAGGGCGUGUGCGAAGAUUCAACAUAUUCAAAAUGAGUCUAUCUGAGGAGCAGCAGGGUAGCAGGCCUCCCAGCAGAGGAGAAGUGGAGGUAGAAGAACAAGAGGUGUACAAGGGAAUGGAAGAAGUCACCCCUCUAGUGGCCCUUGCACCUGAUGCUUCUCUCCCACUAGAAGAGCAGCCCUCUGCCAAUGCUGAUGUCUCUGCUAGUCCUGCUUUCCAGUGCCUAGAUGAGAUGUUAUCAUUGGGCAAAAUCGGCGAGACCAAAGUGGCCAAACUGAAAUCCAACUACAGGCUACUCCACAAUACUCUGAAGAGUACCCAGGAUUCUGAGAUCCAACUUUUGGGAGAAGCAAAGAGGCGUCGUGCUGAGUUGAAGAGGCUGCAGGCCGAGAUGGAGAGAACAGAGGACCAGAGCACCUCUGAGGAGCCUGUAAGUGAGGUCAAUGAACUGAGGCAACAGCUCCUCCAGGCAUACAAUGAACUGAAAGCUGCUGAGGACAGAGAGUACAAGACACGGCACAGAAUGAAAUGUCUCUGGGAAGAGAAGCAGUAUCUGGAGAAAGAGAAAGAGAUUCAGCCGAAACCUGCUGAGCUGGAGAGCAGAACAAAGACCCUGCAGGACAAAUAUGAGGAUCUGAGGAAAGAGGUUGCCCAGAGACAACUGGAAGUCAGAAGACUGAUGGAAGAUGUGGAAACCCAUGAAAUGCAGCUCUUGAAAGAACAGAAAGAGCUGGAAGACAAGAAGAAGAUAAUAGAGCACAAAGAGGCUGAGAAAGCCCAUCUCAUCAGUAUACCUGACCAGAUUUUAAAGGAGUUCGAAAGGAAACGCUCUAAGACGGACGCUGCAAUGAAGAAGACGGAAGUACUAAAUACAGAGAUUUCAGAAAUGGAGCGGCAAGUGAAAGAAGUGGAGCAGCGUAACCACUCCCUCAGGUUGAAGAAGAAGGAGUUGAAUGAGGAGCUGGAGGGUCUCCAGGCCCAAGUAGAAGCCAGUCAGAGGGAAUUCAGACAGCUGCAAAAAAAGCAGGAGGUCAACAGGGAGGAGGAGGCUGAAUUCACAGGGAACAGAGGCAUUCUGGAAAUGAAGCUGCAAAACAUCAUGUGUGAGAGAAAGCACCUGUAUGAGAGCCAAUCUGUGCAGCUCAGGGAGAAAAAUAGGCAGAUGCAAGCCCUCAAGAGGAUGGAGCAUGCGUUGGCCACAGCCACUGAGCAGCUAGAACACACGCAAUCUAUCUACAAUGAGUUGCAGGCACAGUUAGAUGCUGUUCCCAAAAGAGAGGCCAGUACUCAACAGAGGAUGGAGCUUCAGAAAGAGGUGGAUGCUCUCAAAGUCAGCUUUGAAAAGCAGCUAUCAGUAACUGAGGAAGAGAGCCAGAAGAAGCAGCAGUAUGGGAUGAUUCAGGGGCUGCUUAGGGAGUCAAACUGCCUCAGAGAAGAACUCCAUAACCUCAGAUGUCUGACACAGAUCAAAGCUGAGGAGAGGGGCCAGAAGCACCGUGAACUGCUUAGAGCUGAGCAGCUGAACCAGCACUUCCAGCAGGAGCUGCGAGAAAAAGACCUGAUCAUCAUGGAUCACAACAAGCUGAAUACUAUGCUACAGCGCAGAGUAUCACAGUAUUGUAAGCUGUGCCACAUGAUUAUGGAAGAGAAGAAUAAGUACGUCAAGCUCAAGCAGAUGGCCUCGCAGACAAUCACAGAGCUGGAGGAGCAGGCUAAGGUGCAAGAAAAUGAAAUGGAAAUCCAACGUACAAUUGUCAUCAACAAGGACAGAUCACUCGCAAAGGCUCGUAUGAAGAUCUCCAAUAGCUCCAAAACGAGGGACAAACUGCAAAAUGACAUCUCCAAGGUUGCCUGGAAGCACUGUCAGAUCAAUCAGGAGUGUGAAGAUGACACACUGCAGUUGAUAAAACUAACACAAACGAUCAACCUCCAGGAGCAGGCACUUCUAGAAAUCAACAAGAAUCAUGAAACGGCCAUACAGCGCCGCAACUUUCUUGGCAUUCAGCUCCUGGAGCAUGAGGAGGUGUUGUUCAACUACUAUGAAAAGGUGAACAUCCAGGAGGCAGCCAUUACUAAGGGCAACAUGGCGAUGGAGACCCUGGAGAAGGAGAUUAGAGACUUACAGUUGGCGAUUAAUGAGGAGAAGAGACAGAUAGACCUGAAGAAGAAGGACGUACCCCUCAGGAAAAAGCUGGAGGGCGAGAUCGCCAUACUGGUGAUAGAGUUGUCAGAAGCCAGGGACAGGACCCUUGAAGGUCUGAAUCGAACACUUGAUUACAAAGAGCUAAAAGGCGAAGACCCCUCAACUGUAGAACUGGUCAAGAAGGUUGAGCAGCUGGAGGCAAAUCUAGCAGAGAGUGAGAGGCAGGUGCUGGAAAAAGAACUCCUUGUGGACCAGGUGACCCGGCUCUCGAAGCCACUCAGCGAGCAGGCUGAGAACUGCCAACAAGACAGACUCUCACUGGCCAAGAAGUUAAACGAGCUCCGAACUCACAUCAUCGACACCAACCACCAGAUGAUGGCCGUUUCUGCAGAGCUUUCCGUGAAGCAAGCCGUCACUUUGUCUCUCCAACAAGAGAUCAGAGAGAAAGAGCUCCAGAUGGACAGGUGCCAGGAGCAGCUGGAGCAGGGCCUGCCACCAUGCCCUGAGAUAGAGGAGGAGUGGAGGAGGAUGCUCCGAGACAGGAAGAGGAGGCAGAGGGACAAAGAGGAGAGAGAGAGGCUGGCUGAAGAAGAGGAGUGGAAUCAGUUGCCUAAUGGAGAGUACACCACAGCUGAAACCCGUCCCAACGCAUACAUCCCCCUGACCGGCCCGCUCCCUCUGCCAAAACCCUACGGAGCUCAGGCCCCCUUCAAACCAUCCCAACCAGGAGCCAACAUGAGACACAUCCGCAAACCAACACUCAAACCCUUAGAGAUAUAGAAAACAACAUUCAUAAACAUGGGGGUGUUGCUUUGGGCUUAUUUUUUAAUCCCCACCGUUCACAUCAGUAUCCUUCAGAAGCAUAAAAUGUAAAAGCCAAUGACGAUUUUUUUUCAUAUAUUUUCCAGUGCAUCUCAUCUCAUUUGGCACAUUUCUAUCAUACUUGAUGUAUCUGCUCUCCACACACCGCUCUGUGCCGCUCCUUCCUCCUCCUCCCUGCUCCUUGUGUAUGUUUGUGUACUCACUGUCCAGCAUACCACUGCUGUUUUGUCAUGUGAGUGCUUACUUGUGGACUGCAUCUGGUUGUAAUUUUGUUUCCUUUUUUAAAAAAAGAAUUACUGGCAAGAGCUUGUUUACACUCUAGCUUGCAGUAACACUACUUACUGUAAGAGAGUGGAAGAGAAGACAGAGGACUUAGUGGAGAUAAAACUUGUGUUGUAUUGUUACAUCGUAUCUACUAAUGAAGUUUUGUAUUUAUUUCUGUAAUUAGCAACACAUCAUUAUCGUCUCACUACCUUUCUCUUAAAAAUUUCUCAGGGACACUGGAAUAUUUCGACAUAUUCUUCAGCCGUUUCAUCCCCCGCACUUGUAAUCUUGCAGCCGAUGCAUAAAUUGCAAUGGGUUUAAGCUCUAAGCUAGGCUAAGAGUGGCUGCUUAAUGCCUGAAAUGAUAAAUGUAAAUAUAGAGAGGCAGAUCAGGCAAUGAAAGAACAUAGAGAAUGACAAGAGAGAGGAGAAUUUCAAUGAAGAGGAAUGAGAGACGGCCGUUGCAAAAGGUGGCAGAGGACAAUCGUAGGGAAAAAAUGGAUAAAAGCAGAGCUCUAAAUGGGACGGAGAGUCAAAGUCACUUGCCUUUUGAAGUAUCUAAAAACUUACUGGAAGUACCUGCUGAUCUUAGCUUGAGUAGUUAUGGUGCUAGUGAGCAUGUUUUGCAGCUUGUAAGCACAUGUGUUUGUUAACUGCGUUCAUGUGGGGACCAUUACUGUGGUCAUUCAUGAUUCCCAACUAUUUCUGUACUUCUGUAGUCGCUCAGCCAAUUUGAAAAUCAAUAUAAAUCAUAAUUUGAUCAAAAAGUAUAUGUACACACUGUUUUUGAGUUUAGUAAAAAAACAACAUCCAAAUAGAAUUACAAAUGGCUGAGACUGAUCUAAAGUAAAUAUAUUAUUAGUCAUAAUAAUACCUUGUAAUAAUACAAGGCUGAUAGCACAUGAGACGCCGCCCACCCACAUCAGUCGGUUCUUUAGUUGCCAAUGAGAGUGCAUGAAAAAGUGGUUAGCAAGUCAAAAUAGUUGUAGAGGGUAAACUUGAAAUAAUUAUCUAAAAGUAUUGGCUAAAUCAUUUAAAUAAUUACAUAAAAUGAAUACAUAAAUAGUUGAAAUAUUGUAAUUAGCUAAAGUAAUGGAUCACCUGUUGAAAUAGUUAGCUAAAAGUAAAGGAUUAACUUGAAAUAAUUAGCUGUGGCGAUGAGUUGAGCUCAUCUGAUAAGGAUGUGGGGCUGAGUCUGACAAAAAACUUUGUGUCGGCCUACUCUGUGUGAGUAAACUUCCUAAAAGUUUCAAGAAGGCAGCAGGUUGAGUUUAUCCAAUUUUGAGGCAGCCCUGUCCACCUAACAAUGAGGUGUGUGUGUGAUCAUCCACUGCAAGCUGUCAGAUAAACUUGCCCCCUAACUGUUGUUGUGCUUAUUUGGCCUGCUACAUAACACUGACUGCAUAGCAGAGUGCGGAGGAGGCAAUUGAGUGGGAAAUGAGGGAUUCAUUCACAUUUAAAAGGAAGUUCCCCAGAAGAAUAAUGAUAUGAGACAACUGUACCAAGGUGAUAAAGCUCAUGGUAAAAAAAAAAGUGUAUAAUUUGGCACUAAUGUAGGUAUUGAAAAACAAGCAUGUCUGAAAGCAUGAUGGGCGUUUAUUAGUAAGUGACUCAGCGCAUAUGAUGAGCGAUGCUGAGAUUAUCUGCAGACUUUAGGGGAACUCAGCUGAGUUUGUCCAAAACACACAAUUUUGUGAAGAAUCUGAGAGCUCACUUACUGUUCUGCAGAGCUGUUCAAGCUACAAACUAUUUGACUGCAUGCUGAGAUCAUUUCCUAAUUUACCUCAAGGCUCCACAGUGCAACUGGCUCUAAAUAUUCUUGGGUUCAAAGGAGAUUCAUUGGAAACAAAGUUAGCCAAGGCCUAACUGUUGCCACGGAACUUAUCGGUACACCAUGCUCUUCAAAAGUAUGGCAGAGAGAGAAAUACAGAAAACAUGGGGCAGGGGGAAUCUCUUUAUUUACAUUUCAUCUUACAAAACUUUUUUGUGUAACCAUAAGAAACAUGAGUGCUUAAGAAAUCCCUUUUUUAUUCAGAGGAAUGUUUUGUCAUUUCUCAAUUCAAAGCACAAACACGGAGGUGUAAAUAAUCUCUGGCAUUGAGUCUCGUGGGCUGCUAACAUUCAGACAGUGUGAAAAGGAUUAUGAACACAUGCCACCCACACACACACACACACACACACUCACCACCACUACCAAAGAAUUUCUCCACUUACAGUAAGAGCUUAGUCAUGAUUGAGGGCACACGUUAUGGCACGUUAUUCAAACUAGAUGUUUGUGUGUGUGUGCAGGCAGGGUGAGUAAUGUCAGUUUUUAAUUUUUUUAUUAUUUUAAUUUGUAUUGCCCUAUUAACCCUGUACUGUCUUCUUUGAUUUUAUGGUUUGUAAAGCAUUUUGGAGAUUGAUUUUUACAAUAGGCUAUAUGAAUAAAGGCACUAUAAAAUGAG